AUGGCGGCGCGCGGGGCGUUCUUGGCGCCGGUGUUGGUGCCUGUGAGCAGCUGCUUCGUUAACCUCCCGCCUGCAUUUGUGCAGGCCUUCGUGGGCGGCCCCGAGUUGAUGAGUGUCGCGGGGGCUACGAUCCUGGAGCUCUCGUGGGAGACACUAGAUGGAUAUGUACAGCGCGUUUGUGUUGGCUGGAUUGGCGGUAUCGUUAAGGACGGAGCUCUACGCAGUGACAUCAUUGAAAUGCCUAUCGAGCUAGCGCGUUGUGUAGGCAUCCAAGACCACUUGGAGAAGAUGCCACAGGCUUUUAUUGGGGUGCAUGUGGUGGAGGCGUUGCCGAUUGCGCGACAAGUGAGCGUUGAGCCUUGCACGCCGGACGACUGGGAGCUGAUUCAAUUGCAUGCUGGGGCUGUCGAGACGGAGCUGCUUCGACAGAUGUGCGUGGUCAAUGACAAGCAAGUGAGUCCCAUCUGGAUCAACCAGAACACGCUCAUUCGCAUUCGGGCUUCGCUUCCAGUUGGGAUGGAGCAUGCUCGCUUGACUCCAGCUUCGGAGGUUAUUGUGGCACCAAAAGAACGUCAGGUGCAAACGACAGAGAGUGGCAUGAGCCCCGAUCUGUACUACGAGCAGUCCCCAUCGUUGCUUGUUCAGGAAAGUGUAGGCACGCUCCGAAAUGAUACGGUUGACGAGGUGUGGGUUCAUCCGGAAUUUCUAGCCAUGCUAGAUGGAGCAGUGAUCUCUGACGCUCCUUCAGACGCGCAAGAAGCUCCUGUCGUAGCGCUUUGGAGUCCUGAUUCGAAGUCGACGACCGGUGUCGUAUCCGAAACUAACGAGAGCAAACCCACAAGACAACAACCUGUAUGCUAUGUCGCGAGAUUGAAAGCCUCCUAUGACGUUGUGCGGGGCCACAUCGCUUUAAACCAAGGCGCGACUGCCAGCUUGGGUACCCGAGCGCGUGAGUCAAUUCUUCUUCGCGUUCUAAAGCUACCGGAGCUCCCGCCUUCUUCGGUGACUUUAUUCAUCAAUCCAGAAGGCCCCAAUGGUGCUAACUCCACACUGACUGGUCACGUCCAACAAGCAUUUCUGCGCUGGAGUAGCUCACCCAACUGUAGUCAUGUGAUCAGCUCAGGCUCAGUUUUUUGUCUUGAACUGGAUAAUGGAAAAGCUGUCGAAGCAGUUGCUGACGUCCAAUACGACGCCGAAGAAGUUUUCAACGCUGAGCAGCUGAAAGAUGUUCCAGUUGGUGCUAUUGAGAAAUACACUGUGCUGGGUGGGAGCCAUGGACACGUUCUAUCGAUGAACCAAUUGACCGUGAAGAGUGCUGCCGGUCCCCAGCAAAAAGUGCUAGCGAAAGCGCGGAGCUACGCUUCGUCCAUUAGCACGUUGAAUCUAUCAGUGCUGGAUUUAUCACGGAGCGCGAAGAGCUACUCUACGUUGAUGAAAGCUGUGCGACCUGUGCUAUCUCAAGACGCUUCAGCUGCGCGAGUUCUGCUGGGUACAAAACCUCCAGGAUGUGCCUUAUUGCAUGGCGAGCGAGGCAGCGGUAAAUCGACACUCUUACGCGCUUUGGUGCACGAGGUUCAGUCCUCAUCGAAGUUUUCAGCUUACACAACGACGGUCGAGUGCCGAAACUUACGAGGACUCAAGAUGGAGUCGGUGAAAUCUCGGCUGAACGAGGUGUUUGAAGAGGCUGAUACCCAUGCGCCUGCUUUGAUUGUCCUGGAUAACUUGGACGCGCUAGUGCCGGAAGAAGACGAGUCGGCAGGUGCUGCUAACGAGCAAUCGCGACGUAUAGCAGAGCUGUUAUUGGUUUUAAUGAACCAGAACUGUCAGCGCAUGUGGAAGACAACAGCGGAGUUGAAGGCAUCAUUUAAACGAGAGUGUGAAGCCAUCAAGGGUUUAUCUGAAGAACUGAAACAACGCGCACGAAGGAAGCUGUUGGAGACAGUAGGCAAUGCUAUGCAGAGCAAAAGUGUGGUUGUUGUGGCCGCCGCUCGAUCUGACACCAGCAUACACAAGACAUUGCGAGGAUGUGGGCUCUUUGAUCGCCCCAUUCAAGUGACUUCACCGGAUGCAGAGCGGCGUGAAAUGUUGAUUCGCGAGAUGCUGAAUAUGAAGGUAGACAACGCGAACUCAACUGGCAAAGGAACGGAGGACUCGCGACAAAUUGUCGUUGAUCCUGCCAUUGACUUUGGACUUCUAUCAUCGUUGACCGAGGGCUACAGUCUCCGUGACUUGUCAAGCGCUACAGACCGAGCCUUGCAUCAGAUGUUCAAACGCAACGCUCUACAGCCGAGCAAGCGCUCCGAGAUGAUUCACAAGGUCCAGCAGAGCGACUUUGUGGAAGGCAUUGAAGACUUCCAGCCGACGGCAUUAAUUGGAGUUGAUCUCUUUAAGAGCUCGGUAAAGUGGAGCGACGUGGGAGGGUUAAAACAUGUGCGAACAGUGCUCAAAGACACGCUGGAGCUUCCUACUCGAUAUGCGAAGUUAUACGACAAUACACCGAUCAAGCUUCCGGCUGGUAUGCUGCUCUAUGGCCCCCCUGGAUGUGGCAAAACUCUACUGGCUAGUGCAGUGGCGCAUGAGUGUGGCUUGAACUUUAUCAGUGUGAAGGGCCCUGAAGUAUUGAACAAGUAUAUCGGCGCUAGUGAACAAGCCAUCCGCGACCUGUUUGCGCGUGCUGGCUCAGCUGCUCCGUCGGUGCUUUUCCUUGACGAGUUCGAUUCGAUUGCUCCUCGUCGCGGUGCCGAUAAUACUGGAGUCACAGAUCGUUUGGUGAACCAAUUGCUCACGUUCUUGGAUGGAGUUGAAGCCAGAAAGGGAGUGUACGUGCUGGCGGCUACAAGUCGACCGGAUAUGAUUGAUCCAGCUCUUCUUCGACCUGGACGCCUUGACAAAUCCCUAUACUGCGGUUUUCCGAAUGAGGAAGAGCGUUUGGACAUCCUUCGUGCUGUGUCGAAGGACAUGGAGCUGUCCGAUGAAGCGCUCGAGUAUCUUCCUGAAAUUGCAAGAGCCCCGAAAAGCGCUCACUUCUCGGGCGCGGACCUGCAAGCUAUCAUGUACUCAGCGCAGCUGGAACUUGUGCACGAAAAGUUAAACGGCGACGGGUCCAAUCUCAUUAACAAGACCCAUGUGCAGACGUCGUUCGAGAACGCCAAGCCUUCAACAUCCGAGGCCGCACGUCUGCAAUUUGAACGUAUGUACGCAGGCUUCUCCAAGGCGCGUAACACCGACUUCUCCGUGGCUGAAGCCGACGUUUCUGCCACAAGCGACUCGCUCAAGUCGCACAUUGCUCAUCAACGGACAGCACUCGCGUAG